UCAGACAGCACCAGAAGAGGGCGUCAGAUCUCUUUACGGAUGGCUGUGAGCCAUCAUGUGGUUGCUGGGAUUUGAGCUCAGGACCUUUUGAAGAGCAGUCAAUGCUCUUAACCACUGAGCCACCUUUCCCGCUCUAGAGUGCUUUCCUACUAUGCACAUGCAUAAAGCCUUCCUUCGGCUCAAGCCCAGCAUCAUGAUAGCAAGGGCGUGGUGGGGACCCUGAAAUAACAAUAGGGUUUGUGUCUCAGGGAGGCAAUUGACGGACGUAACAAUGCUCAGUGAAGUCCCCAUCUAAGGCUCUCAACCUCAGAAAGCCCUCAGACUCAGAGGCUGCAGCGUUAGGAUGGCUCGAUGCUAUGACAGUCCUCUGCGACUCGAAAAAGCUUUUGUUUUGGAUGGGGUGGCUGUGAGCACAAUGGCCCGCGCCUACAGCAUCUCGAGGCCCAAGCUGUGGUCGGCAAUUCCGCCUUAUAAUCCUCAACUGGACCACCACACUCGUCGGUACUUCCGGAGCCGUGUGGUUCCGCCUAUUUUGCGGAAAACUGAUCAGGAUCAUGGUGGUACUGGAAGGGAUGGUUGGAUGGUGGAUUAUUUCCACAUUUUUGGCCAAGGACAGAGAUAUCUCAAUAGGAGAAACUGGGCGGGAGCAGGGCAUUCCCUCCAGCAAGUGAGUGGCCAUGACUACUACAAUGCCAAUCCGAAGGUCAUCACCACGGGCUUAAACGGUCGAUUCGGCUAUCGCCGGAACACUCCAGCCCUCCGCCAGCACACGUCGGUGUUCGGAGAAGUCACGCCAUUUCCCAUUUUCUGAAGACACUGCGUCACAGGCCUUGACCUGCAUCUUCAAGACAGAUGUUUAGAUGAACUGUC